GAAUGGCUGACAUUUUAGUUCUCUACGGGAGCUUGUGCGAGCAUUUGCUCGUGGCGAUAUCGUGAAGUGAAAUUUCGAAUAUUCCCCUUUGAACGGCUCUAAAGAGUCUGAACUUGCUUUCCAAGUGGUAAUAAUGCAUUUUAGAAGAAAAAGACACUAUUAUUGCAGUGUAAUAUUAUAGCGUAUGCGCUGUAAGGGAGUGCAGUGAUCGUUCUGGUUUUCUAACAAAAAGAUGCACAGUAGCGGGUCGUUCGGCCCGGCGCCGGCGGCGGGCGAGCCGCUGCUGCGUCAGGUGGCCCGCCUCAUCAUCAGGGCCAGCCGGGCACCGGGAAAGCAGGUGCAGUUGUCUCAGCCGCGCGGCAGCGAGCCGCACGUCGCGCUCGACUCUCACGUGCAGGCGCUGUGGCACGACCAGAUACCCAUCUGUAUUGAGGUCCUGCUAGCUCCAGACUGCCCGGACUGCCACUCCCGGCUGUCUGCAGGCGCGGGGGACGGGUCCUACGAGCGCGCGCCCCCCGAGCGCCGCGGGCUGCUGCUGGAGCGCUGGACGCUGUCCGUCAUCAUGAAGAAAGCUCACGACUCCCCGCCCCCCAUCUCGUCGCAGUGGCUGCUGAGCGCGGUGCGGUCUCAGCUGCACUUCUCCCAACUCGCGGCGUGGACCUCCCGGCUGACUGCCGAACCGGAGUUGGACCACACCGAGCGGAGGAGAAAGCUGAGCCGCGAAAAGUGCAACUUCAAGAAACUCGAAUCGAACUGCGACGAGAAGGACCUGCCGACCCCCGACGACCCCGCGCCCCGCUCACUGAACAUUGUGUACUCCAUCAAAAUACCGGGCGAGAGCUACAAAAUGACCGACUUCACCAAACAGCCCACUGAUCACACAUUCCCUAUCACUGACAUCGGCAAUAACGUUUACCUGAAAGUCUACCUUGAGAGUCUACCCCGGAUCGAAGGCAUACCUGUCGUCAAAUGCUCUUGUAAUGUACCUAAACGAAGGGCCAGCAAAGAGAUGCAAAACGAAGAUAUAGCUAACAGAAUGAACGAUUUGACGUUAGGCACUCCAGAAAGAAUGAGGGACUUAAACGCUAUCAAUUCAAACAUAGGAUCGACUAGUAAUGCUUCAAGAAGACUUUCGAUAUUCGGGAAUAUGGGACCAAGUGAAUUCUUUAGAUCUGCCACACCAGAGAAACUUGAUAAUGAUAAAACGGAUAUGGAAUGCAAAGAAAAGGGAUUAGUUGACGACAGAAUGCACACACCUUGUAGCGAAAACGGAAAACAUAAAUGCAACUGCGAUGACGAGUCAGACCAAAAUCAAAAAUCUUCCACUAGUGUUAAUCAAGAGACGAAGAAGCUAGACGAACGGCGACUGAAAGAGAUAGCGAAAUACAAACGCCGUUUACGGAAAGAGAGCAAGCUUCGUAAGCUGAGGGAUUCGAAUUCAGAGUCGACAGGGAAUUCAGAAGGGGAUGGCGUCACUAAAAAGAGCGAGACGCAUACAUCGAUACCAAUUCUGCAAGCGGCAAGAUUCGACAGAUUCAGAGCUAUAGGAUGCUAUAGAAACCAAACAUAUCUGACUCUUCCUGCCAGCAGAAUUGAAAGCAAAUCACCCUUUGUGGACAACGUCAAUAUACAGCCAACAGAGUAUAAGAAAACCAAUACGAUUGCCACUCAAACUGAUGAUCUCGUAUGCGAAUGUGGUACGGCGUUUGUGGUCAAAUGUGAUGACUGCAAAAGGGGUAUGGUCAGAUCCGAAGCUAAUUAUGAUCUGACUGCUGUAGACGGCCCUACAGAAGGGCAAAGCAAGAAGCAUAAAUGUGAUAAUUUUAGUAAUAAUUUAACGUGUGAUAUAAAACCUAGCGUAGUUAAUAGUGUUAAAGAAUUCGUCUCGGGUAUAAGAAAGUGUCCUGAUGACGAUGAAGAGAAGAAUAUAAUUAAAAGGCCCAAAUUGAAAAGGUUUUUUCCGUUAGUGGACCGUAUAGAGAAGCUAGUGACAGAUCGGUUCAGCCAACGGGACAAAGAAGAAAACAAAGAUAUGCAAGAAUUGCUACUCAAGAAUGACGAUACGGUUUUCGCUGACAUGUCAAAGAAACCUCCUCGUCAGAAAUACUCCUCAAUCGGUGAAGACUAUGUCAUGGUCGAGAAAUGUGAUUACGGGACUUUUGACAAAUAUGAUGGUGAUUCUCCCAAAGAAUCUGAUCAGAAUGGCUUCGAAUUUCCCGACCCGAAAAGUUCACAAAAGCAGGAUUCCCAGGUUCCUUCCCCGACAGAGAUGGACCGUUUUCGAUGGCGUUUCGACUCGGCGGCUUCCAUGGUGUUUCAUACUAAGACUGGAUUGCCUCUGACGUCAUCGCCUGCGCCAUUGAAGAGAGGAAAUAAUUGCUUUGACUAUGAUGACUCGAUCAAUGGCAUUUCUGGGAUUAAGAGCGCCCUAUUCCACCCGGUGUCCCCCGCCUCACCGUGCGUGUCCCCCGCGUCCCCGCGCCCCGCGCCGCCCCCGCGCCCCCGCCCCGCCCCCGGGGGGGACAAAGUACCAAGGACCCCGCGGCUGAGGGUGGGGCCUAGUGCUGGACUGUUAGGCAGCUUCGAAGAGUCAGCCCUGAAAGGCCGCCUGGAACCUGUAGCCACAGUCCACGGCUUCACGGCGUCUCUAGGAGCAUCAGGUGCCUUCUGCCCCGCGCACCGCCGCCUGCCCGUCACUGUGUUCUUCUACGCUCCUGGGGGCACCAACGCACCUUAUAUGGGCCACAUAAACCUCGGCGGCCACGGCUACCUAGUCCCCUCAUCAGGCACGGUCCAAGUCUCCCUGUUCAACCCUCACGGCACGUUGGUCAAGAUGUUCGUGGUGCUGUACUCUCUGGCAGGCAUGCCGCCCGGGGCCACCACCUUCUUGAGACAGAGGACGCUGUACCUGCCCGCAGGAGCCCCGGAGCCGCGACGCGAGGACACACACAAGUACAUGCGCUAUCUGAUCCAUUUGAGAUUCAUGACAUCGAAAUCGGGCAAGCUUUACCUCCACACGGACAUCCGAAUAAUAGUCUCCAGAAAAGCCGACAUGGACACGGCCGCAGCACACAACGCCAUCUUUAAACCUCUUCCCACCAAUCAGAAGAAGGAAGACGACAAACCGACCAAUCAGGAGAAGGCUAAAGAUGAAGUGGCCAAUCGGCAGCCGUGCCGCGUUUUCGGCGGGUGCAGUGACUUCAGAGAUUUCGAAUUGAGUUACGAGAAUAGUAUGAGUAAUGGUGUGUCUUAUGAGCUGAGAAGCUUUACCUAUGGGCCAGAAAACCCUAAGUAUUCACCCCGAUAGUAUAGAGGGAUUAUGGACACUUUUAAGUAUAUAUUUGUUAGUGCCUGCCGCAUAUAUCAAGAUUGUUUGUGUUGGAAAAUGUAAUUGUAUGUACCUACUAAUGAGAAAAUAUAUUUUUGGUUUUUUUAUUAA